AUGUCCAAACUGGAUGAUAUGGAAUCUUACCUGGAGCUGGCCUCCAAGGUUGAAAACACAAGGGCACAAAAAGAUGCCAACAAGACUAUGUUGCAGAAAGUAACAGAUGUUUUGCUUUUGAAAAAAAUGUUUGAGAAAAUCGAAGAUCGUCCAACGCCUUCUGAAGUUUACAACUGGAGAGUCUAUUACACUGCUUUCAUUGCUUCAGCCGCAGCUAUCAUUAUUGGUUACGACGGAGGCUUUAUCGGAGGAACUGUGGCCUUGGAUUCGUUCAGGGAAGAGUUUGGACUUGACAAAAUGAGCAAAAGUCACGCUGACUCUGUGAUUUCCAACGUUAUUUCGGUCUUCCACGCUGGCUGUUUUUUCGGUGCCUUGAUUUCUUAUCCCUUCUCUUUUUACUUGGGAAGAAGAAUCUCCUUGAUUAUCGCUGCUACUCUCAUCACAGUGGGAUCUGCCAUUAUGUUAGCAGCAUCGUCUAAAAACGGCUUGGGUCCUAUUUAUGCUGGUAGAGUGUUGGCCGGUCUUGCUGUUGGAUUUUCAACAAACUUGACGCCUGUCUACUUGAGUGAGAUCAGUCCGCCAGCCAUUAGAGGACGAAUUAUUGCAUUGUACGAAAUUGGAUGGAGAAUCGGUGACUUGGUCGGUUUCUGGAUCAACUACGGAAUCGACUCACACAUUGCAAAGUCAAAGACCCAGUGGUUUAUUCCUUUCGCUAUCCAGCUCAUUCCAAGUGGAAUGUUUUUGGCAGGCAGUGUGUUGAUGAGAGAGAGCCCCAGAUGGUUAUUCUCGGUUAACAGAGAUGAUAAGGCUCUCGACAACUUAACUUGGUUUAGAAACUUGCCUCUUGACGAUGAGUAUGUGAUCUUCGAGGUCAAUCAGGUGAAGGAAUCUAUCGACUACCAGCGCAAAAAGGUUGGUUUGGGUCUUAUGGACCCAUUCAAGGAAGUUUUCGGUGGUAAAGACCACAGAGUCCUCUACAGAAUGUGUCUUACAUGUGGAUUGUUCCUUUUCCAAAACUUCCUCGGAAUCCAGUCCAUUAACUACUAUUCGCCAAAGAUUUUUGCAAGUUUGGGAGUCAAAGGAACCAACGCAACUUUGUUCUCUACUGGUAUGUUUGGUGUAGUGAAAUUUGUCUGCACUUUCAUUUAUAUCAUGUUCAUUGUGGACUCAUUUGGAAGAAGAAAGGCAUUCAUGUGCUCCUCCAGUGUUUGUUCCCUCUGUUUCUGGUAUAUUGGCAGCUACCUCAAAGUGAACGACCCAACAAAACCAGGCGUUACAGCUGGCCCUGGAGGCACUGCAGCUAUUGUAAUGAUGUAUCUCUGGAUUGCUUCCUUUAUUUUGGCUUGGUCUGGUGGUCCUUUCGUUGUUGGUAGUGAGGUGUUUGAUCAGAACAUCAGAUCUUUUGUUCAGGCAAUCAAUGCUGCCGUCUCGUGGAUUCCUAUCUUUAUCAUGUCGAGAUACACUAGUAACAUGAUUGAAAAGAUGCACUACGGAAUCUACUUUUUCUUCGCGUCAUUGGCUGUUCUUUCUGUUCCUUUUGUAUACUUCUGCAUUCCUGAAACCAAGGGUAUUGCUUUGGAAGAUAUGGACAAAUUGUUUGAUCUCCCGGCAUGGAGAGCACAUGAUUCUGUUUUGCUGGGCGCUAGAAGAGAAGCCGAGCACGUAAUGCAUGACCAUAAACAUUUGUUCAAAAUGGACACAAACAAGUCGAACCAGAUAGAGCAGAUAGAAGACCCACUUUUGGUUUCGAAGGUGUGA